AUGUCCCUUCAACCUGACACCAAAGAAGAACGGACUUCGACAUCGGCGCACCUCGAAGCAGGCCCACGGUCUGAUCCCGGUCAAGAUGGAAGUGCCGAGGAACGCGCUUUUCUCCGAAAGAUCGAUAUGCGAUUGGUCCCAUGCGUUUGGAUCAUGUAUCUAAUGAGCUAUCUCGACCGAAGUAACAUUGGCAAUGCUUAUACUGGAGGCAUGGGCGAAGAGCUUGGGAUGACCAGUACCGACUACUCCGUGUCCCUCCUGGUGUUCUUCAUCAGCUAUGUGCUAUUCGAGACGCCGUCAAACAUGAUUCUCACGAGAGUACGGCCCAGCAUAUAUAUGCCAACGCUCAUGUUUCUCUGGGGCGGCUUGUCCAUGUGCAUGGCAGCCGCACAUAGCUGGCGGGUGAUCGCAGGCCUUCGAUUCGUCCUGGGCAUCUUAGAGGCCAGCUUCGCUCCAGGCGUGCUCUUCCUCCUAUCAGCAUGGUACAAGAAGAGCGAGCUCGGCCGCCGCUACAGCGUUUACUACACCGCCGUCGCACUCUCGGGCAUGUUCGGCGGGCUCAUCGCCGGCGGCCUCCUACAGACACUGGAUGGCUCCCACGGUAUUAGUGGCUGGAGGUGGCUCUUUAUCGUGGAGGGCGCCGGCACCUGCGUGGUGUCUGUGGGCGCGUUCUUUGCCCUGCCCGACUUUCCCUCCACCACGCGCUGGCUCACGCCUGACGAGCGCGCCCUGGCUAGCCGACGCCUUGUCGAAGACUCCCUCGGAGGUACCCAAGAUGGAGAGACAAUUCAUCACAAGGUAGCUCUGAAGAUGGCGUUUACGGACUGGCGGAUGUGGGCUUUUGUCUUGACAUACAUGUCUACCACGGGCGCACAGACGAUACAAUAUUUCAUCCCGGAGCUCGUCAAGUCAAUGGGAUAUAAAGGAUUCGAAGUGCAAUACUACACCGCGCCAAUCUACGUCUGUGCCUUUGUGGCCAUCCUCGCGUUCUGUUUCUCUUCCGACUACUUCAAGGAACGGGCCUUCCAUCUCGCAGCUGCCUCCUCGCUCGCGAUCGUGUGCUUUGCGAUACUCAUCGGCGUGUUGAAUAACACAGGGCGCUACGUCCUGUUGUGCUUUGGAGUCGCAGGUGUUUACGCUGCGUGCCCUCUUGUCAGCAUUUAUGUCUCGAACUCCAUCCCUCAUCCUGCGGAGAAACGUGCCAUUGUCCAGGCAACUGUCAACGCCCUCGGUAACAGCGCGUCGAUUUAUGGGUCUUUCCUCUUCCCGAUCAAAGACCCGAACCAUAAUCGCACUGGCUUCGGCGUCACAAUGGUGUUUAUGGUAAUUGCUCUGGUCAUGGCAUUUGCUUUACGGUAUUUACUGGCCAAGUACCCCUAUCCAGAGCUUGCGGUGCACGGGCAUGGAUCCACAGCGGAGAAAGCCAGCAAAGAUGAGGACUGA